AUGGGAAAAUCGACUACAUCAUGCUUCAAGAUCGUCACCUGUGGCAGUGAUUCCAUCGAACAUGACGAUCUCCAAAGUCCCCAAAGCAAGGGUUUAAGUGAUAGACGUGGGUGGAGUUUUCGGAAGAGAUCUGCUAGACAUCGAGUGUUAAGCAACACCGUCAUCUCUGAAGUAGCUUCUUCUGCGAAUAAGGAGAGCCCAGAACCUACCACUGUCAACUUCCAAGUGGAACCUAACUCAACUAUUCCCGAAAGGACCUCCGCUGUUAAAUGGACAGAUGAGAAAACUGAGGUGUCAACUCAAGUGAGCCCAAAAUUAUUGGAAAUCAUAGCUACGAGAGAGGAUGACACUGGAGCCGAUGCUUUCCCAGAUGAGUCCAUUGUUAUUGUAAUCCAGACUGCCAUUAGGAGAUUUCUGGCUGAAAGAGCGCUGUUGAAGCAUAAGAAUAUAAUCAAGUUGCAAGCUGCUGUACGAGGGCAUCUAGUUCGAAGGCAUGCUGUGGGAACUCUUCAGUGUGUUCAAGCCAUAGUCAAAAUGCAAGCUCUGGUUCGAGCCCGUUGUGCUCGCUCACUAGUAGAAGGGUCGGGUGCUUCAGAGAAGCAGAGUGAGAACUGUGGAGUUGAUAAUCAUGAUCCAACACUCUUGAAGAGUAAAAAGGAAGCCAAACCACAUAUCACGUAUGCUUACGUUUCUAUUGAGAAGCUACUCAGCAAUAGAUUUACUCAGCAGCUUCUGGAAUCAACACCAAGGACCAAACCUACCGAAAUCAAGUGUGAUCCUUCAAAGUCGGAUUCAGCCUGGAAAUGGUUGGAAAGGUGGACAUCACUUUCAUCAAUUAGCAAUGAAAAGCCACAAGAAUCAGAAGUUUCUGUAGAGAAGUAUGAGAAGGAAAACCUUACGCAUUCUGGCUGCAAAGAGGAAACUGUAACUAGAUCUGAAUGGGAUUCUGAGUCUAAUAACUUCAAGAAUGAUGUAGGAGCAUCAUCCAAGGCACUGGAAAACGAGCUGAUUACUAAUGAUGCUGACAACUUAGAUCCCCAAGCAUGCAGAUCAACCUCACCAUCGCCGAGUCAUAAAUUGGAGCCACCUCAGACCCAGAACAUUGAUGAAUCAAAUUCAAAAUGCAGUAUCACAGAAACUUUUGGCGUGCAGAUGAAAGAAUCAGAUCUGACGCCGAAGGUGGAACUCAAAUCUGUUCCAGAUAAGGGGGAAACAGAAAUUGAACAAGUUGGACUCCAUGCAAAAAAGUUCUACCCUGAGCAACCUGAAACUGAUACGAAGAGAUUUUCGUUUGGUUCGAGGAAGGCAAGUAAUCCUGCUUUUAUUGCCGCCCAGUCAAAAUUUGAAGAAUUGAGUUCAGCUGCCAAUUCUACAAAAUUGACUGGUUCAUCCUGUCAAGACCCUGGAGUCGAAUCCAAUGCCGACAAGACUUCUUCCAUGGCAGAUCAACCAUUUGGGUCUAGGGAGGUUGGCUUGGCUGAGAAUUUUGUUCCCCAUGCUUCGAUGGUUCAAAUUGGUGGAUCUGAAUGUGGAACUGAACUUUCCAUAUCUUCGACCCUUGAUUCACCAGCUAGGUCUGAGGUUGAACCAGUUGAAUCUGAACAAGGACAGAAAAUUUCAAACGGGACUGCCUUUCCUAACAGCAAUGAGAACCUUGGAGUGGAAACAAAUGAUGAGCCUAGCAUCCCAGGAACUGAUCUAUCAUAUGCCAAUUCAGAUCAGUUGGAGAGAUAUGACAGCGUUAACUCUGUUAAUGAUCGAAGUGUUGAUUCUGUGGUUUCUGUAGAUUCACCACAGGUAGAGAAGAAGCCAGAUAUAGAUCCAAGCAAUGUGCAGCGGGAGCUGGGAUCCCAAUCAAGCUAUCCAGUGUCCAAGUCAUCGCCUGAAGCAUCUCCAAGAAGCCAUGUAACUGUCCCUGAAUCUCAAGCAACUCCUUCUAGCCUAGUGUUGAAUCCCAAGAAAAUCAGAGGUGAAAAAAGUGAAACCAGUCGGAAAAGUAGGUCUUCUGAUAAAAGGUCUCCUUCAAAUCCUAAUCAAGGUUCUGGUGCAAGUAGUAGCUUGGAGCAGAUACCUAAAGAACAUAAAAUCGGAAAGAGAAGAAACUCCUUAGGUUCAGCAAAACUUGAUCAUGUGGAUCAGGAACCAAGAGACAGUAGUAGCAGCAACUCUCUCCCAAGUUACAUGCAAGCGACUGAAUCAGCAAGAGCCAAAGCUAUUGCAAAUAGCUCUCCAAGAUCAAGUCCAGAUGUGCAAGACAAGGAUACCUUCAUGAAAAAGAGACAUUCCCUACCUGGUGCAAAUGGAAGACAUGGAUCGCCUUGUAUCCAGCGGUCUCUGUCUCAGGCACAGCAGAAUGCAAAGGGAAGUGAAACUCAAUCACCUCAAGAUCGGAAGUGGCGAAGGUGA